CGUCCGCUGCCCCUUGCUCCAAUAUGAGGCGCCUGCUGGGGCUGACAGGGCUGUUCGGGGCCUUUCUGCUCAUCCACUCAGCUCCUCCGACGUGCUACUCGAGGGUGUUGUCGUUGGGGAAGGAAAUCACAGAAAGUUACGUGAAUCUGCAGAAAUUUGAAACUGUGGAGCCGUGCGUGAAGACCCUGCCCAGGCUGUAUCUGGAUAUACACAAUUACUGUGUUCUGGCAAAACUGAGAGAGUUUGUCGCAUAUCCCCGAUGCCGGCGAGUGCCCCAAGUGACCGCUCUGAAGGACAAAGCCCGGAGCCUGUACACCAUCAUGACCUCCUUCUGCCGAAGGGACUUGGUCUUUCUUAGUGAAGACUGCAACGCUCUGGAAAUUCCCAUGCUUUCGCCUACCGAUCAGUCAGCCAUUCAGAAGUAGGAUUCCAGCAUACUUCAGGAAAUGCUUGGAAAGAGACCAACCAUUCCAGAGUGCUGUUGAAUGAAAGGAGAACAGCCUUAGUUCUUUCAGAAUAUGAGCCCCGGCAAUACAUUUCUCAGGA